AUGGCCGCUCCUACCUCCGUUCCCACCCAGAACCAGGUCCUCGUUCCCGAGACCCUUCUGAAGAAGCGCAAGUCCCAAGAGGCUGCUCGCGCUGAGCGCCGUGCCGAGGCCGAGAAGACCAAGAAGGCCAACAAGGAGAAGCGUGGUGUUAUCUUCAAGCGUGCCGAGUCCUAUGUUCAGGAGUACCGCACCGCUGAGCGCGAGAAGAUCCGUCUCAACCGCGUCGCUCGCCAGGAGGGCAGCUUCUUCGUUGAGGGUGAGCCCAAGCUCGUCUUCGUUGUCCGUAUCAAGGGUAUCAACAAGAUUGCUCCCAAGCCCCGCAAGAUCCUCCAGCUCCUGCGUCUGCUCCAGAUCAACUCUGGUACUUUCAUUCGUCUCACCAAGGCUACCCAGGAGAUGUUGACCAUUGUCAACCCCUACAUUGCCUACGGUUACCCUAACCUGAAGUCCGUCCGCGAGCUUCUGUACAAGCGUGGUUACGGAAAGGUCGACAAGCAGCGCACUCCUCUCACCGACAACCAGAUCAUCGAGGAGCACCUCGGCAAGUUCGGCAUUGUCUGCAUGGAGGAUCUGAUCCACGAGAUUUACACUGUUGGCCCCAACUUCAAGCAGGCCAACAACUUCCUCUGGCCCUUCAAGCUGUCCAACCCCAACGGUGGUUUCCGCACUCGCAAGUUCAAGCACUACAUCGAGGGCGGUGACACCGGUAACCGUGAGGAGAACAUCAACGCUCUCAUCCGCCAGAUGAACUAG